CAAACAAACAGAAAAAGAGAAAAUGGCGGAUCUUCAUCAACAUCAGCAACCAAUGACGAGAAAUCUCCACGAAUCAUCAUCAUCACCAUCGACAAGACAAACCGUGAGAUUCCUAACGGCGGCGACGAUCGGCAUGUCACUGCUCGUGCUCUCGGGAUUAACGCUCACCGGAACCGUUAUCGGCCUAGUCGUAGCGACGCCGUUGAUGGUUCUUUUUAGCCCCGUGCUUGUGCCUGCGGUGAUAACGAUGUGCCUUUUGACGGCGGGAUUCUUAUUUUCCGGUGGAUGUGGGGUGGCAGCAGCGACGGCUUUAUCGUGGAUCUAUAGGUACAUCACCGGAAAACAUCCCAUGGGAGCGGAUAAAGUGGAUUACGCGAGAAUGAUGAUUUCGGACAAUGCUAAAGAGUUGGGACAUUAUGCUCAGCCGCAAACGGACCAAACCACAACAGCUCCUUAUUAGUCAAUAAAUGCUAUAUAGAUCUAUGCAACUUCUAAUUUCUGUUCAAUUUUGGAUUUUUUUUGUUGGUCUCAGCUCGCCACCUUAAGUUAUGUUUAUGUUUUAA